UAUUGGACAUUCCCACGCCCCUGACAGCUAUCUUCAGCUUCAACUCCAAGUAUUCGAUCGAGACUAGCUGCUUGAACGCAUCUUCGUACACCAACCUCUUUAAAGCGAGGUACAAUCUCAAUUGCUAUAAGUAUCAUUGGUGCUCGGGGUACUCGGUCUUUGCGACGGUCUGGCCUUUGAAGCGCCUGUAACUUCGGGUUUAGACUUGAAACACCGUCACCUUGUCUACAUCAGCAAGGCUUUUAGACGUAUACUCAUGCUCCUCUUCAGAACAUCUCAAUAGUUUUCUAUCGUUGUCUUGCUCUGAUCUUUUCCGUCCAUCUCAUCUUGCUACGUUAACAAUUAGUAACCCGUGGUCCUUUUGACAGAUCCUCAACGCGUCAUUCACGCUUAACGACCUCUAUUCCCACAGGAGCCAUCUCCCUACCUACCAUGUCUUUCCUCAACUCCACCGCCACUCUUCAACACCGCACCCCCAUUCCCCCAACUGCCACGCUCUCCCAAUGCCUCACACUCCUUCAUAACCACGACUUCUGCAUCCGCCUCGACCCCGAACUAGCCCACUACGAAGAAGUCGCCCCACACACUAUCUCCCCUUCCCCCAACACCAAGAUCUACAAAAUCACCGAUCACAUGCACACACUACCACGAGGGCUCUGGGACACCACCGUAUCCUUCACGGCCGAAAUGACAGACAUAGAAAAUGGGUUGGAGUGGGUGAUCAAAGCACCGCUGGGGCUGGUGCAGACCAGCUUUUGGAGGGUCGUGCCGGCCGAGGAGCGGGAUAAGGUCGAGGAACCGGCGACGGAGCUGGUGAUUGUGGAGGAUGUGGAGAUCAAGGCGUCGAGGUUAUUGGUGGGGACGGUGAAAGGGAAGUGUGAGAGUAAUUAUAGGGGGAUACAUGCAAAAUUUUUGGAGCAUUUGAAGGCGUUGGGGGAUCCUUCCGCGCGAUCAAACUAUCAGCCUCCACGCACUAUACCUGCUAAGCAUCAUGUAUUCCCUUACGAAUGUCAUGCUAAUAGCAAUGAUGACUCUCAGGUGAGUUCGCGGCGCUACCUCGUGCGCCUCUCAACGCUGAGUAUAGUCCUCAAAAGCUCCCUCCCUCUCGCACUGCCAGCUCCACCUGGGUAUCCCUACCCAAGCUCGUCAGCAAAGCCACUCACUACGAUCACGAUCUCCAACUCGGGUGUCCUGGUCUGGACACCUUCGAAAACGGUGGAGUCCCUUUCAUCAACGACGAGUAGCAAGUUCUCAGUCAAGCCAUCAUCAUCGUCUUACUGGCCAACGACCCCCAAGACAUCUUCUUCUCCAACGCCAACGCCGAGUUCGAGCCCGACGCUAAGCAGCUAUAAUUGGGCGAAGACGUCUUCUACGCCAGUUAUUACGACGACGUCGAAGCCGACAUCUACACCGACACAACCCCCAACGAAUAACUGCAUCUCUUCGUUGGGGAUACAGUUCUGCUUUACCGCGCGAAGCACCUCGGGUGGGAGCUUUGUGAGCUAG